UAAUCUAAUAAAUAAUUAUAAUUUAUAAAGGUCGAUUUGGUUUUUUUCGUUUUGUAAUUCGUUCUAACACAGUACCUCUUAUUCAAUUUUUUAAAAAUUUAAAAAACUGCUAUUGCUUUUGCUACUAUUCAAAACUGUACCCUUUAGAAAUCGUAUCAUAUCAUACUGCAUAGGUACAUAAGAUUACAACUUUACAACUAAUCAACGAAAAUUGGAACAAACUAACUCAGCCACCUAUGCAAUUUUUGAAUAAAAUAAUGUACUCAAAUGUGUGGAUUCUAUUCCAUUACAUCGGGUCGUGAAUUCGAAGAAACUGAUUCCUCCUUACGUUAUUUCAAACGACCGAUGUUGCCGCUGGAUCUCAACAUUGGAAUUGAAGCAAUUAAAUCCAAGCCACGUUCUUAUAUUCAAGAAAAAUUGAGUAGCAUUCUUACAUACAUUGUUAGGAAUAAGUCUUACUUUGUGAAUAAUAGUGAUCUUAAAAUUGGAGAUGGAGGCGCUCUAAUCCCUUCAACCAAAUAUAUAACUUAUCGUGGUGUUAUAAGGAAGAUAAUGUGCUCCCCAUAUGAGAAACGAAAUGGAUGGUGUAUUUUGGCAACAAAAUAUAAAAAUAAUAUUUACCUAUGUCAACUUACCAAUCCAGAGGAAUUUGACGGCUAUCCUAACGAAAUGUUAAGAAAGUGUGCCCACUAUGGUCCGAAAUUUGAACAAUACUGCCUAACAGAUGAUCCAUUUGAGCAGCCUGAUACUUCUCAACAAAUUGACGCAUGCACACAAUUUUUCGGGGUUUUUAAAAGAAAGCUGGUCGGUCGCAAAUUCCUCUUCGCUGGAGAAAUGGAUGGCAUCGAAAGCAAUAUACCAGUAAAUCUAAAUACGAGUAAACGCGAAAAAUUUAAGAACCUAAAAUUUAUUGAGCUUAAGGUUUCUGCCGAUUACUCAAGCUCAAAGUAUGCUUUUGAAAAUUUCAAAAGAUCAAAGUGUCAAAACGCGUGGACACAGAGUUUUUUAACUGGAGUUCAAGAUGUAUAUUUUGGAAUGAGAGAUCGUUGGGGAAUUGUUCAUCAAAUAGAACACUAUCGCACAGAACAAUUGCUUCAACUUGGCCAAGGCUAUUGGCAUCCUUCGGAAUGUUUCAAAUUUUUGAACUAUUUUCUCACAUUAGUGGAAGAUAAAAUGAGGAAUAUUGAUUGUCCCAAUACUGUGUUUAAGUUUAAUUUUGAUGAAAAAGCCGUUAAUAUCAAAUGUACUGAAUAUCCUUUAAAAUCUGAGCUAAGCUUGCUGCCAGAUUGGUAUUUGGAAGCUUUUAAGUCAUAAAUUGAUCAUACCCUAUACAUUAAAUUUUGUAUUCAAAUCCUUUCCUGUAUUGAUUUGAAAAAAAUCUACUUUUGUUGUUUAUAAAUGUGAAUAUUGUUUUUUUUUUAACUUUUAAUUGUUUUGUUAAUACUACAUAAAUAUGUAAAGCUAUUUCUUAUAAAUAAAAAGCACGUAAUACAAAUU